GAAUCCGCAACUGUUGAAGAAAUCAAAGAGGAAUCCGCAACUGUUGAAGAAAUCAAAGAGGAAUCCGCAACUGUUGAAGAAAUCAAAGAGGAAUCUGCAAGUGUCGAAGAAAUCAAAGAAGAAUCCGCAGCUGUCGAAGAUACUUCCGCCCAUAGUACAACAGUCGAAGAUGAUUCCAUCCAAAGUAGUGCCAAUUCAGAAUCCUCAUUGUCACCCAUACCAUCUCCUUCGCUAUCACCACUAAAUGCAGAAGUUGCCGAUCUUCAGACACAGUUGGCUCCACUUCAAUUGAAAACAUCACAUGAAUUCACACAUUCCAUCGAUCCAACCACCGACUUUGUCGAAUUCAAUUGGAAACAUGGUGGAACAACCGUAUUUGUCACAGGUGACUUUGACGAAUGGCGCGUAACUCAUAAAAUGCAGAAAGACCCAGUCACCGGACAUUUUACUGUCAAAGUGCCAAUUGAUGUCACAAAGCAAUACCAAUUCAAAUUUGUAGUCGAUGGAGCUUGGCUUUUAAAUCGUGACUGGCCAACAAAACGCGAUGAACAUAACAAUGAAAAUCAUGUCAUUUACCCUUCUGGACCAGGUCCAUUGAACCCAGAAUACAAAGAAUAUGCUGUGUCACAAUUCAAUCUUACCGCCGCUUACUAA